UUUAAGUUGAAAUUAAACAGGCAAGGAUGAAAAGAGAACUUGUUUAUAACCAGUGGAUAUUUUGGCAGGUAUCGAGGACGAAACACUGAUAUCCACAUGAGAAAUUAAGGUUCCUGGGGCUGUAACUUAACCUUUGCUAGGUCGGAAAGAAGCAGCAUAGUUCGAAGAUGAAGUCCAUGAGUAAUGAUGAUAACAACAACAGUAACAAUACUACUAACUGGUUAGGUUUUUCUCUCUCUCCUCUCAUGAAAAUGGAGGUUAGCAAUCAAGACCCUCAUCACCAGACACAAUCUGCUUCUGAUGCUGUUGCUGCUGGUGGUGGUAGUGGCGUUACUACAGCGGUACCAUCAAGCUUUUUCCAAUCCCCAUCUCAUCUUAAUUAUGGACUUUAUUAUGGAGUUGAAGGACAAAAUGGCGGCUUGUAUUCUCACUUUCCUGUGAUGCCACUUAAGUCUGAUGGGUCUCUUUGUUUAAUGGAAGCUCUUGGCAGGUCACAGCCACCAGCAAUGGUUCCUACUUCAACUCCAAAACUGGAGGAUUUCUUUGGGGGUGCAGCCAUGGGGACCCAUCACUAUGAAAGCAGUGACAGAGAAGCCAUGUCUCUUAGUUUAGACAGCAUGUAUUACCAUCAAAAUCCGGAUCAGGAACACAACAAUCAAAAUUGCCUAGACCACCUGCAACACUCUUCAAGGCAGCAGCACCAACAGCAGCUUCCGGUCCAACAAUACCAAUAUUACUCAGGAUAUAGUAACCACGAAAUGUUACUAGGAGAAGAAGCCAAAGAAACCCAUGUUACUGAUUGUAAUCUUCAGCUCCCACCAAUGGCUGAUGAUAGGGCACCUGGCGUGAAGCACUGGGUUUCAAGAAACUACUCAACUGAACAUGCAAUGAAUCAGAAGAUGAUUGGCUGCAUGGGUGAUAAUGGAGCUGAAUCUGGCUCUAUUGGUGCAAUGGCCUAUGGUGAUUUACAGUCUUUGAGCUUGUCCAUGAGUCCUGGCUCACAAUCAAGCUGUGUUACUGGUUCACAGCAAAUCUCACCUUCUGCAACUGACUAUGCAGCUAUGGAAACCAAGAAAAGAGGGCCUGAGAAGGUAGAUCAGAAGCAAAUUGUCCACAGGAAAUCCAUUGAUACUUUUGGGCAGAGAACCUCACAAUAUAGAGGUGUUACAAGACAUAGAUGGACGGGAAGAUAUGAAGCGCAUCUGUGGGACAACAGUUGCAAGAAAGAAGGGCAGAGCAGGAAAGGAAGACAAGUUUAUUUAGGGGGUUAUGACAUGGAAGAGAAAGCCGCAAGAGCUUACGAUCUAGCUGCACUCAAGUAUUGGGGACCCUCCACUCACAUCAAUUUUCCUUUGGAAGAUUACCAAAAGGAACUUGAAGAAAUGAAGAACAUGACUAGACAGGAGUAUGUUGCUCACUUGAGAAGGAAAAGCAGUGGAUUUUCAAGGGGAGCAUCAAUGUACAGAGGAGUGACAAGACAUCAUCAACAUGGAAGAUGGCAGGCUCGGAUAGGCAGAGUUGCAGGGAACAAGGACCUUUAUCUUGGAACAUUUAGCACUCAGGAGGAAGCAGCUGAGGCUUAUGACAUAGCGGCUAUCAAAUUCCGUGGGGUGAAUGCUGUGACUAACUUUGACAUAACAAGGUACGAUGUGGAAAGAAUCAUGGCAAGCAAUACCCUUCUUGCCGGAGAACUGGCUCGGCGAAACAAAGAUAUAGGAACCGGUAAUGAUGAAGCUAUCAAUCAUAACCUUUUAACUGAUAACAGCAAUGGUGAAUCCAAUAUUUCAUCAAAGAACAAUGAAGGUCAACCAGACUGGAAAAUGGUCCUUUAUCAGUCCUCUGAACAGCAACUUGAGCAGAAAGAGCCAAAUAUUACCGAGAACUAUAAGACUCAGACUUUCUCGCUAGCCCCACAAAACGUGGCUGGGAUUGACACAAUCAGCUCGGGCCAGAGAGAGGCGGAUGAUUCAAGCAAGAUGGGGACUUACUUGUCGAAUGCUUCUUCAUCGGUCACUCGUUUGAGCAGCUCAAGGGAAGUUAUCCCAGAUAGAAGCAGCCUGCCAAUGUCGUUUGCCAUGCCUCCUCCAGCAACCAAGUUGUUCACUAGUUCAGCAAAUGCUGUGAAUUCUUGGAUUCCUUCAGCUCAGCUGAGGCCUGCACUCUCCAUGCCUCACAUGUCAGUUUUUGCUGCGUGGACAGACGCAUAGAUUAGACGUUUUGGUAUAGUAGCAAAAUGUUUUCUUUUCUUUUUUUUUUUUGCAUGGAAAAAAAUCACAAGAAAAAAAAAAAAGUUUGGCCUUUUAUGAGUUUUUCUUUAGUGGAGAAAAUUGGGGAGUUAAUGGAGGUCUAUGUGGGACACGUUGUGAAGAAGAACAAAGUUUAAACUCAUCCUUUUUAACCUCUCCUAUGAAGAUCUUGAAAAAAAAAUUGAUAGUGGGAAAGCUUUAAAAGACAUUAUGAUUGAAGUCUAUGAAAUGAUUUUUGCAAUAUGGGGGGAUGACCCCUUAAGUACAGAAACAGCUCAGUAUGUGUAGUAAUAAUGCAAAGCAGGUCUUCAACUCUGGGCCUUUGACCACAAUACCUCUGAUCUCAAACAUCCUGUGGUUCUCUAUAUCCAUAACAACAUCAUUGCCAAAUACCGAUAUCAGCUUUCUCUAAAGAAAAUGGGAGACAUUCCUUCCCAUAAUUCAAAGAGAGAAAAGAAGGGUCCGAGGGUGAUGGAUUCCCUCCUGUGUUGUGUGAGAAAUGUAGGUGCUUUUAUAGUUUAUAAUGAUUCAAGGGCACAUAAUUAUUUCAAAAUUUGUCUGCUAUUUUGUUGGAA